GGUCGGCGUCGUCCGUCAGUCACAGUCUCUCUCCCCCCAACAGGAGCUCAUUAGCCCGUCAGCCGAGCCAAUAAUAGCGCGGCGUCGCUCGCCUCCUCCCGUUUUUAUUCCAACAGGAAAGGGGCGCAGGGGAACACAGUCUACUACAGCCUGCAACCUGCAGCCGCCGUUUCUACGCCGUGGCUCGUGGCGUUGCUGCAUCUCUUCUUCAGUUGCUGAAGCUACGCGAAGAAGAAACCUGCAACCGCCAAGCCCAAGCCAGCACUGCGUAGGCUGCAUCGCGGAUGGCCGCGCCACACCCCUCGUCGUCCGCGCGGGCGCGCGCGCCGGCGGCGGCGGCUCGCCCAUUGCAUCCCCUCGCCGGCAUAGAGGAGGGGGAGGCCGUGGCGGCCGCCCACCCCGGCGCCCACCGGAUGCGGCGCAAGGGGAGGAAGCAGAAGCAGCUCUGGCCCAGAACGGUGCUGCGGAAGUGGCUCAACAUCAGGUCCCCGGAGUCCGACUUCAGCGCCGACGAGGGCGACACCACCGACGACACCGACAGCGAGGUCGAGUACGAAGAGAUGUGCGCAUGGGAGCGCAAGAUACAUGAUGAAGAAAGGAGCCACCAUGGAUUUGGAAACCAAUUGGGGACGGUUCCCUACGGGCUUCAUAGAAGGCGCAAGUCUGAGACCCUUCGUGCUCAGUAUAUUGAUGUUAGGGAACUAAGGAUAUGCACGGGAACAUGGAAUGUUGCGGGCAGAGUUCCACCUGAUGACUUGGAUAUUCAAGAAUGGUUAGAUAUGGAGGAGCCAGCUGAUAUAUAUGUUCUUGGGUUUCAAGAAAUUGUUCCACUGAAUGCUGGGAAUAUAUUUGGUGCUGAAGACAACCGUCCUAUUGCUAUGUGGGAGAACAUUAUUCGUGAAACUUUGAAUAAGAUUAGCCCAGAUAAACCAAAAUAUAAAUGUCAUAGUGAUCCUCCUUCUCCGUCAAGGUUCAAGCCAUCUGAUGAUGCUUUCGUGAUGGAAGAUGAACUUAUUAGUGAGUCUGAUAGCGAAAGUGAUGGAGAAGUGCAUCCGUUGAAUGAACAAGAUUUGAUUGCUUCUGUUGAUGGCAUUCAUGGUAACAAGUGGGAACACUCCGCCGAUGAACCUGAAACAGCUUUACAAGAUGAAAAGUUCAGCAGGCUACCUUCAAUGAAGACUUUUGAUAGAUCCCAUAACUUAAGUUUUAAAGAAUCUAAUUUGGAAGAGAAGAUCUGUCAGAAGCUAUUAACUAGAACACUCAGUCACUCAGAGAGGCUUGGAAUGAUUUGGCCUGAACCACCAUUGGAUAUGUUGGCUCAGUGUCUUCCGGACAGCACGAAAUCAUUACCUUCAGGGAAGGCGUUGCGAACAUACUUGUCUUUCAAGUCAGUAAAUGGAGACUCCGGCCCAUUUCCAGAGGAUAAUCUAGUUCCUGAUUUAAACGUUGACUAUGCAGCAGUUAAAAGGAAAAGACCAUAUUUUGUAAGGAUAAUAAGCAAGCAGAUGGUUGGAGUGUAUCUAUCAAUCUGGGUACGAAGAAGCCUCCGGAAGCACAUUCAGAGUCUAAAAGUAUCGACUGUGGGGGUCGGUGCUAUGGGCUACAUUGGUAAUAAGGGAUCAAUAUCAGUAAGCAUGUCAGUAUAUCAAACACACUUUUGCUUUAUAUGUUGUCACCUGACCUCUGGAGAAAAAGAGGGAGAUGAACUAAAAAGGAAUGCUGAUGUUCAAGAAAUCCACCGAAGGACAGUAUUUAAUCCGGUUUCCAGAGUCAACAUGCCUAAGACAAUAUAUGACCACGAAAGGAUUGUGUGGCUAGGUGAUCUAAACUAUAGGAUCAACUUAUCAUACGAGAAGACACAUGAACUCAUCUCCAAGCAGGACUGGAAUGAAUUAUUUGGGAAAGAUCAGCUGAAAGUAGAGCUGAAGAAGGGGCAUCUAUUUGAAGGGUGGACCGAAGGGGUCGUCAACUUUCCUCCAACGUACAAGUACAAGGUUAACUCAGACAAGUACAUAAGUGAUGAACACAAAUCUGGAAGGAGGACACCUGCAUGGUGUGACCGAAUUCUUUCCCAUGGUAAGGGUAUGAGGUUACUGUCAUAUAAGACAGUUGAUCUCCGGCUAUCAGAUCACCGCCCUGUGACUGCUGUGUACAUGGUAGAUGUUGAGGUUUUCUCUUCAAAAAAGCUGCAGAGAGCUCUUACCUUCACCGAUGCAGAGGUCGAGGAACAGUUCUCAUUCGAGGAGGAUAGUGCUUCUGGAAUAUACAACCUUGGACUAUGUUAAGUCCAAGGUAACCUUGCACACAUGCACAAUAAAAUUGAUGCUUUUUCUCAAGUAUACAAGGAAAGAUUGACACGUUACCGCUUAAUCAGUCCAGCCAGUGCCUCUCUAUUUUUCAGAGACCAGCAAUUGGAACUCGGAAGUAGGUAGUCCCAUGUACAUUUCCUCCAUGCUCUGACCAUAUUUCGAAAUCAGAUGUCAUGUGUUUCGCCAUUUUCUUUUCCUCUCCCCCCUCUUAGUGUGGUGUGCCUCGUAUGUGGAAAAAUAAUCUCCUCUGUAACAGUCUAACUGUAAUUAAAAUGUUGAACACUAAGUUUCCUGGCUGACUGAUUGUGGCAAUGUGCAGUUUCAGACUUUCAGUUCCAUUGUAUUCUUUUUUUUUAAAAAAAACGUUCGGUGCA